AUGAGUCGUCAGGCUAACUACAGUCAACAGUCCUGCAGGUCCUCCAGUGGAAGUCGCCGUCAGGGCUUUAGUGGCAGCUCGGCCGUGGUUUCCGGUCAAAGUCGGAGCAGCUGCACCAGGACCUCAGGCUCCCGCUCAGGUGGAGGUGGCGGCGGCAGUGGCUCUGCAGCUUGUGCGCUGAUGGGAGGAACUCAAGGCAGCAGAAGCCUCUACAACCUAGGAGGGAAUAAGAAGAUCUCCAUCAGCGUGGCUGGAGGCAGCAUGCGGGGUGGUGGCUUUGGUGGAGCCUCAGGUGGUUGUGGUUUUGGAGGUGGUAGCAGAGGAAUGAGUGGGGGCUUUGGUUUCGGUGGAGGAGCUGGAGGUUAUGGUGGAGGAGCUGGUGGUUUUGGCGGUGGAGCUGGUGGCUUUGGUGGCCCUGGUGGCUUUAGUGGCCCUGGUAGCUUUGGAGGACCAGGCUUUGGCCCUGGUGGAUUUCCUGGGGGAAUCCAGGAAGUAACUGUCAACCAGAGCCUCCUGCAGCCCCUUAAUGUGGAGAUUGACCCCCAGUUUGGACAAGUCAAGACGCAAGAACGUGAGCAGAUCAAGACCCUCAACAACAAGUUUGCCUCCUUUAUUGAUAAGGUGCGCUUCCUGGAGCAGCAGAACAAAGUCCUGGAGACUAAGUGGAGCCUCCUGCAGGAGCAGAGCUCCAAUUCCAACAGUGGCAGCAACAAUCUGGAGCCAUUUUUUGAGAACUACAUCAGCAGUCUCAAGGACUUCUUGAGUGGGCUGCAAAAUGAGAGGGGCAAGCUUCAGGAUGAGUUGAGGGGCAUGGAGGAGCUGGUGGAGGACUUCAAGAAGAGGUAUGAAGAUGAGAUCAACAAACGCACAGCUGCAGAGAAUGACUUCGUAGUCAUGAAGAAGGAUGUGGAUGCUGCCUACAUGACCAAAGUGGAGCUGGAUGCCAAGAUGGAGAGUUUGACGGAUGAGAUCAACUUCCUGAAGGCCCUAUAUGAUGCCGAGAUGUCCCAAAUGCAGUCAGAUACCAGUGACACAUCUGUGGUCCUGUCCAUGGACAACAACCGGUGCCUGGAUCUGGACAGCAUCAUUGCUGAGGUGCGCGCCCAGUAUGAGGCCAUCGCCCAGAGAAGCAAGGCUGAAGCUGAGGCCCUGUACCAGAGCAAGUUGGGUGAGCUGGAGAACACAGCAGGCAGACAUGGAGAUGACCUGAAAAGCACCAAAAAUGAGAUCUCCGAGCUCAACAGGCUGAUCCAGAGGCUGCGUGCUGAAAUCGAGAGUGUCAAGAAGCAGAACGCCAACCUGCAGACCGCCAUUGCUGACGCAGAGCAGCGUGGGGAGCUGGCACUCAAGGAUGCCAAUGCCAAGCUUCAGGAGCUCAAAGUUGCCCUGCAACAGGCUAAGGAAGAGCUAGCCCGGCUGCUUCGUGAGUACCAGGAGCUGAUGACCGUCAAGCUGGCACUGGACAUUGAGAUUGCUACCUACAGGAAGCUGCUGGAGGGCGAAGAGUGCAGGUGA